AUGGCUCAGAAAAUAGACACAAGAGAGGGACGAAGGAAAACAGAUGAUAUCUAUGAAAAUGCUGAUGUAAUGAAAGGCGAAAUCACAGUGGAGAUGGAAGAUUUGAAGAUAACGAGAAUCCAUCCGUCUGAACACACAGGGAGUGAUUCUGUGAGGAUCAGAAGCUCCAGAGCAGCUGUAGUGUGUUUGGUUCUGCUGUCUGUUCUUCUGCUGACUGCAGUCACAGCGCUGUGUGUCCAAGUCUUUACAAACAUCGACCUGUUUCAAACAAAGGGCAAAAACAUCUUGGAAGAAAGAGACCAACUACUAACCAGGAAUAGAAAGCUCACAGAAGAAAGAGACCAGCUACUAAUUAAGAUUACUAGCUUUUCAGAAGACAGAGACUGGCUACUACACAAGUACAUAAAUCUGACAAAUGAAAGGGAUGAUAUAGUAGUCAAGAAUGACAAUCUGAUUAAACAAAGAGACCAGUUAAGCUGGAAGAUAAAGGAAAUGUUGAAAAGUAUUCAUGAAAUGGAUGGAUGGAUUUACCAUGAAUUUAGUUUUUACUACAUUUCCUCUGAGAUGAAGAGCUGGACUGAAAGCAGAAGAUACUGUACAGAGAGAGGAACAGAUCUGAUCAUCAUAAACAACACAGAGGAACAAGAAUUUGUUAAUACCAUUUCUGGUGGUGCCCAAGUCUGGAUUGGUUUGACUGACAUUGAAGUGGAGGGCAGCUGGAAAUGGGUUGAUGGAAGCACACUGACCUCUGAGUUCUGGUGGUCUGCAGAGCCAAAUGGACAAAGAGGAGAGAACUGUGCUCUAAAUAAUCAAAGAUGGGCUGAUUAUCCAUGUAAUUCUGUUUUUAAAUGGGUCUGUGAGAAGAGCGUUUUACAUUAUUACAUUUAAUAUUUAUUAGAGAAAAAUGUAUUACUAAUAUUUGGGUAGUUUGGGUCUUUGUUUUACUUGUGAUUGCAUAAUGAAUCAGUUAAUAAAUACAAA